UUAAGCAAAGAAAAUUUAAGCGAAUUUUAACCAUAAAAUUAUUUAAUAUAUGCCAUAAAAUUAUUUAAACUAUAAGUAUUUUUACAGCUAAAAAGAAGAAAAGUGCAGUGCACUGUGCAGCUAUGUUACGAGUAUUUCAUAAGAGUAUAGUUCUACAAAACAAAUGUUCCCUCUCACAUAAUCUUUUUAAGGAUUUAAAUCUUUACAAAUGUGUAACAGUCCACCAAAACUUUGUGAGAAAUUAUGCAAGUAAAACUAAGGAUGACACAAAAUUUGAACGAAUUUACUACGGUAAUCUUACCCCACAGAUAAGGAGUGUAAAAGUUUUCUCCGUGUGCUCAAGUAUAGCAGGUCUUUGCGCUCAACCCAUUUUAGUUAAAGAAGCCUCUAACAUCGGCAGUACCUCACUAUUAGUAGCCUUAUGUUCAGUAGUUGGAUUCUUCACAUUUGUCACUCCUAUAUUACUGCACCUUGUUACGAAAAAAUAUGUAACGGAAAUGCAUUAUGAUCCAAGCACAUCCACAUAUAGAGCAACCACGAUAAGUUUCUUUUUAAUACCCAAAAAGUUGGAUUUUACACCAGAUGAUGUUGUAGUUCCGGAUAUCCCUGGCAUGUUCACAACAAUGCAAGCCAAGGGUAAACCUUUAUUUAUUGAAGCGAGGCACUUCAAUGAUCCUCUCCACUAUGCAAAGAUAAUGGGCUAUGACAAACCAUUAGACUUCAAAUUGGGAAAUCCAGAAGAGAAUAAAAAGUAGAUGUGAUUAUGUAUAUAGUUCUUAGAAUAUAUUAUUGAUUUUGUUAAA